GUGCAUGGGAAGCUGCCCGGUCUUCAGCGUGCUGUUGGUGAAGUUCGGAGGAAGAGCAGCUUUAGACAAAGCCCUUUGCUGACAGCCACUCCUGUUCGUGCGCUCAUAGAUGAACAGAUCAGCAUUAAAGGGCGUUUCCUGUCUCAAAAUUAUCCUGUCACAGUGUGCGCACAAAUGCACAGUGAGGAGGGAGAUCUGUGGGAGGCGUUUGCUCAUUAUACAACAAAUGCGAGCGGCAGCAUCAACUUGACCAGCGAUCAUUCAGUUGGAGGUUCUUAUGUGGGCUGUGAGCCGAUGGGACUCUUCUGGGCUUUGGAGCCUGCACUCGGAAGCAGAGAAGGUUUGAGGCUUAGGAAAAGAAACGUGGAGACCCCAUACAUGGUGAACAUCUCCUUAUUGGAGGGCCACACUUCACCCAGUGAGGGGCAGAGGACUGAGCUGGCAGCUGUAACCACUGAGCGCUGGUACAUGGCGCCAGGAGUGAGGAGAAUAGAGAUCCGUCAAAACAACAUCGUAGGAACAUUAUUCUUACCCCCGGGCCCGGGCCCUUUUCCUGCUAUGCUGGAUCUGUGGGGAAUGGGUGGAGGACUGUUGGAGUACCGCUCUGCACUUUUUGCCUCCAGGGGUUUUGCGAGUCUUUCUGUUGCUUACAUGGGGCACAAAGACUUACCUGGACCACAACACAUAAUGAGUGUUGGCGAUUCAUAUUUCAAAUCAGCCUUCCAGCUACUUCAAGAUCACUGUCAGGUCGAUGCAGACAGAAUUGGGGUCAUUGGCCUCUCCUAUGGAGUCGUUCCGACUCUUCGCAUCGCCACUACGAUUGGUUUUAAAGUGAAUCCCAAACUCGCCUGUUUUGAAAUCUGCAAUAUGAUCAUCACAGUGUUGUUUGCAUCAGAAAAAUUGAUAACAAACAGUACCAUCUCUGUCCUCUUCUGCUCUUUAAGUGACCAGAAAUAUUGGGAGUUCGAUGAUCGAGGCUAUGUAGAGAACAUCACCUGUCCUCUCAUGUACAUAGUGGGUGAAGAUGAUCUGUGUGCUGCAAGCACAGAGAAUGCAGAUGUGAUUGAGGAGGCCCUGAGGUCUGCAGGUAAAUCUCAUCAGUUUACCCGUUUGUCAUAUCCCGGCGCCGGUCACCUGAUCGAGCCACCCUACACACCGUGUUCAAGAGCGUCUCUAUGGAAAACCAAACCAGAGAAAUUAUUCACUCUGUGGGGAGGUCACCCCGCACCCCACGCUGCUGCUCAAGAAGAUGCCUGGAAGAGGAUCCUGGAGUUUAUGGAAACCCAUCUGAGGCGAUGAAUCACCGCAUGGACAAUAAUCCAUCAUUAACGGGAUUCUGAAAUCCUGCAUUUGUCUGAGAGAGAGUUGUGAAAGAUGUCCACAACUGGUGUGCAACUUGGUGAAAAGAACAGCAAUAAUAAUAAUAAAUAAAUAAACUAAUUUAAAAUUUUUGGGCCACAAGAGGUCGCUGCUUGGUUGCUAUCAAAACAGGCAUUUUAAUAGGAGUCAAUCUGCAGAGUACAAAGGAAAAAGCUUUCAGCAGUUUAGACCCACAGAUGCUGGGCUGCCAGGUACGGCUGCAGUUAUACUCAUCAAGUAGUAUAGGUGUUAUUUUUCUUGACUGGACUGCAUUACAUGUACACAUGUCUGUUAUUUGUCUUUCUUAAAGAUAGCACAGUUCUCAUUUCUCA